AUGGCCACGGGGGACUUGUGGAUGAGACUGGGCGGCGUUGGUGGUGGGGUGGGUGACAUUGGAGGUGGGUUUAGCCACGAGAGUGAGCAUGACUUGGCGGUUAUGGUUAGUGAUUUCUUGGAAAAUGGAAGUAGUGGUGGGACAGAGUCAAGGUGGAGUAGCGACAGCGAUUCUGGGUUCUGCGAUCUUGCUCACCUUGCUGACAAGAUAUCUUAUUACAAGAAGUCAGUGGAUCAGUAUGUGAGCGAUUUGCUAUCAGUUGUUAAUUCUCUUAUGCUAUCUAUUAAAGGCAUUGAUCUUCACACUGUCAAGUCAGGACCGUGCAAUGCUAGUUGCAUCAGGUUUUCUCUGGUAAAGCUUCUGAGGUUUUCUGGUUUUGAUGCUGCUGUAUGCGCAUCCAAGUGGCAGGGUAGUGGUAAGGUUCCUGGAGGGGAUCACGAGUACAUAGAUGUGGUGAAUUACAAUGAUACUGGGAGCUCUGAGCGUUUCAUCAUUGAUAUCGACUUUCGGAGCCACUUUGAAAUAGCCAGAGCUGUUCAUACGUAUGAUUAUAUAUUGAAUUCCCUUCCAGUUGUUUACGUAGGAUCCUUGACGAAGCUGAACCAGUUCCUUCAAGUCAUGGUUGAAGCUGCCAGAUCUUCUCUCAAGCAGAACUCAAUGCCCCUUCCUCCAUGGAGAUCUCUCGCUUAUUUGCAAGCUAAGUGGCAGGCACCCUACAACAGAAAGUUUAAGCCUGAUGAACAGGAUGUUAACAGCACGAGUCCUGAGCAUAAGCAGUGCAGUGGACGUUUAAAGCGCCUGCAAUCUUUGAUCUAA